AUGGUCACAGUGGAUUAUACGGAGGAGCGCCGAGCAGCGCACAAUGCUAGUAGUCGUCGCAGCUACGCCAAGCACCAUAACUUGAUCAAUGAGAAACGACGGGACAACUAUCGAAAGAAGAAAAACCAAAGACACGGGUGCAGGCUUGAGCCACUGGUUCGACAGGCGGCACGCCUUGUCGAAAUCGAAGUGAACAGUGGUCAUUCACAUGCUGAGUUUGGAAUGCUUACGCAGGACUCACCGAAAGGUUUCGCCAACUCCGUGUAUCGGCAAUACCAGCAAACUGUUACUGUCAAUUGCCCUAAAGGCUACCGCAGUCUCCUCGACAAUGCCGUUCUGGAGAUAUCUGCCAUCGAGCGGUCAAUGUUGCAGCACGAAUACAUUAUUCUAAAUACGACGGGUGUCAGGAAGGAGAUGAGACGGCUUCGCAUGGUACUAGAUCCGGUUCACACGUUGGUGGGCUGGUUGGAGGAGAUGCUCUUGGAGGCGAUGAUCAGUCCUGCUGGUUUAAAGGAGAAAUAUAAGAACGGGGAGCUUGCAUUUCUGAUAGAUUAA